AAGGCACAUCCUCACAAGCACACCAUCACAAACCACCCACACUGUCCAACAGCACCAGCUCCAGCUCUGCAGGAUGAGGAUCUGGUCCAGGAUCAGUCUGGUGCUGCUUGGUCUUGUAACUCUGGCUCUGUCUCUGGGAAAUCUCUCCAGCAGAGGACAGGAAGAGGGUGUUGCCUCUAACAGUCUGGAGGACGGGCUGGAGGUGAUCACAUACUGGUGGGGUGAAUGGACAAAGUGGACGGCCUGCACUCGUACCUGCGGAGGAGGCGUCAUGUCACAGGAGAGACACUGUCUGAAGCAAAGGAAGAAAACAACAACCGGUAAAGACAACAUGACAUGCACAGGAAAUGCAAAAAAGUAUCAUCUCUGCAAUGCAAAGGAAUGUCCUUCUACAGGGAGGAGUUUCAGAGAAGAGCAGUGCUGGUCAUUCAACUCUCAGGUUUACAAUGGAAAGAAUUACCACUGGAAACCUCUCUAUCCCGACGACUACGUUCAUAUCUCCAGUAAUCCGUGUGACCUACACUGCACCACCUCUGAUGGUCAAAGACAGCUGAUGGUUCCUGCACGUGAUGGGACGUCCUGCAAGUACAGCAACUACAGAGGCGUGUGUGUCGACGGCAGAUGUGAACCCAUUGGAUGUGACGGUGUCCUGUUCUCCCCCAACACCCUGGAUAAGUGUGGCGUGUGUCAGGGAGACGGGAGCAGCUGCAGUCGAGUUACUGGGAACUUUCGCCGCGGGGCUUCGAGUCUAGGCUAUACUUUCAUAACUCAAAUCCCCGAAGGAUCAUGGGACAUCCAGGUUAUUGAGAGGAAGAAAUCUGCAGAUAUCCUGGCUGUGACGGACCAAGCAGGGAACUUUUUCUUCAACGGGGCGUACAAAGUGGACACUCCUCAGAACUUCCACGCCGCGGGGACCAUUUUCAAAUACCGGCGGCCUACCGAUGUGUACGAGACGGGGAUCGAGUACAUCGUGGCGAAAGGGCCCAUCGAUCAGCCCAUCAAUGUUCUGGUCUGGAACCAAAAUGGGCAAAAUCCUUACAUCACCUAUGAGUACACAGUGAUGAGGGACUCUAUGGCUUCUGUGUCACAGCCUCCCAUUUACACGGGGCCGCAGGGAGGAUCCAGUCUGGUUUCAGCGGAGGUUGGGAGUGUUUUACAGCAUAACCAGAGCAUGUAUGAUAAGAACCAGGAACAGACUGCUGGACCCAGGGCGGUGGAGGGACAAAAGCCUGCUCAGGAAACCAAUGAAGUGUACGAGACGGCUAACAUUGACUGCGAGCAGGAUGCUAAUCCACCAGUGCAAUAUACAGAGGGGAACUGCAGCUGGCCCAGUGCAGUAGGGGCUCCUGGGACCGCACCAGUCAGCCAACCGGCAGAGGACAUGGUAAACUCUGAAAACCUGAUCUGGAGAGUGCUUUUGGGAGAGCGGCUCGGCUCUGAUGGUGUCCUCGCCAACAUCUCCACCAACCAGCUACUUACGCAUCAAGAUGGCUUAUCAUCUGAAGCUGAGCCGAUGGACUUGGACUACAGCAGUUUGGAGCAAGCGGGACUUAAUGGCUCAUUGCUUGAGUUUACCCUCGGAAGCCGACGAAAUGACACAGACCUCCUGCUCCCAAACAGAAAUCUUACUACCAUUUUACGCAACCGUGGCAAUCGCACCAGGAAUAACCAUAGGCUCCUUCAGAAGAACAAACCGAGCGCUGCUGACAUGUACCGGUGGAAGUUGUCCUCGCAGGAGCCCUGCAGUAUGACAUGCUCCAUUGGUGUGUCAAAAUCACUUGCCAUGUGUGUGCGGUAUGAUGGCAUCGAGGUGGAUGAUGUUUACUGUGAUGCUUUGACCCGACCAGAGCCGGUUCAUGAUUUCUGCAUUGGUAGAGAAUGCCAGCCCAGAUGGGAGGCGAGCAGCUGGAGUGAGUGUUCUCGGACCUGUGGAGAAGGUUUUCAGUUUCGGCUGGUGCGCUGCUGGAAGAUGCUGGCUCCUGGACUCGACAGCUCGGUGUACAGUGACCUCUGUACUGAAGCGCAGCUCGAGCGGCCUCCAGAGCGUCGGGCCUGCAAGAGCCCCACCUGCGGCCCUCAGUGGGAAGUAGCUGAGUGGUCUGAGUGUCCAGCUAAAUGUGGUCGCAGGAGUCUGGUCACUCGAGAGGUCAGAUGCUCAGAUGAGACCCAUGCGUGUGAUGAGGAAACUCGUCCACCAUCGACCAAAAAUUGCACAGGCCCUCCAUGUGAACGCCAGUGGACAGCAUCUGAGUGGGGACCGUGUUCAGGGAUCUGUGGUCAUGGAAAAACAGUACGGCACGUGUACUGCAAAACACCAGAGGGCCGAGUGGUACCCGAGUCUCAGUGCUCACCUGAAAACAAGCCUCUGGCUAUUCACCCCUGCGGAGACAAUGAAUGUGCUCCACACUGGCUGGCCCAGGACUGGGAGAGGUGCAACACAACAUGUGGACGCGGUGUGAAGAGAAGGACAGUGUUGUGUGUCGGCAUUAUAAGUGGGAAGGUCCAGAUAAAUGAGGAUGAGGAAUGUGACGCCAGCAAGCGGCCAGCCGAUGAGGACACCUGCUUCGAGAGGCCUUGCUUUAAGUGGUACACAACGCCGUGGUCUGAGUGCACCAAGACGUGUGGUGUGGGUGUGCGGAUGAGAGAUGUGAAGUGUUAUCAGGGACGAGAGCUUGUUCGUGGAUGUGACCCUUUGACCAAACCUGUUAACAAGCAGACCUGUGCACUUCAGCCCUGCCCCACCGAACCUCCAGAUGAAAACUGCCAGGAUCGUCCCAUCACCAACUGCUCUCUGGCUCUGAAGGUGAACCUCUGCUCUCACUGGUACUACAGCAAGGCCUGUUGCCAUUCCUGCCGAAACCUUCGAUCUUCCUAACUCUUCUCUCCAAAUAUCAUCAUCGUCGUCGUCAGGAUGAGGAUUGCAGUGAGGGAAUUCUGAAUCAGUAUUUGUUUAUAUUUAAACUCAUUACUAAAACGAUGCCUACUUCACGACAACGUCCCUCCUUUGUGGGAUACAGUAAGGAAAUAUUAAAUUAUUUGAAUAUUGCUCAGAGGAUUAUAUUGCAUGUCAUAAAAGUAUUUAUUAUUAUAAGUUGGGUUUUAUGGGACGUUUAUUAUCUGGCAGUGGCAGAGGUGGAUAUACUGAAUAUACAGUUGAAGUAAGAAUUAUUAGCCCCCCUGUUUAUUUCUUUCCCCAAUUUCUGUUUAACAGAGAGAAGAUUUUUACAACACAUUUCUAAACAUAAUAGUUUUAAUAACUCAUUUCUAAUAACUGAUUUCUUUUAUCUUUGCCAUGAUGACUGUAAAUAAUAUUUGACUAGAUAUUUUUCAAGACACUUCUAUACAGCUUAAAGUGACAUUUAAAGGCUAAACUAGGUUAAUUAGGCAAGUCAUUGUAUAACAAUGGUUUGUUCUGUAGACAAUCAAAAACAAUAUUGCUUAAUGGGGCUAAUAAUAUUGACUUUAAAAUGCUUUUUAAAAUAAUUAAAACCUGCUUUUAUUCUAGCCGAAAUAAAAUAAAUCAGACUUUCCCCAGAAGAAAAAAAUAUUAUUGGAAAUACUGUGAAAAUUUCCUUGCUCACAGGAGGGCUAAUUAUUUCGACUUCAACUGUAUACUGAAUGUUACCUCUGGCUGAAGAUUUUAGUACUGUACAUCCAAACACAGGCUGAGCCUCUGGCCACUGCUGCUUCUCACGCUCUCUCCUCUGCUCGUUCAUUCAUUUUAAGGCGAGACACUGCUGGCGAAAACACAGUUUUUUCAUGCACCUGUCAAAUUUGAGAUUUUAUAAUGUGAUUUUCACAUCCAGAGUACACUUGGGGCCAUUCACGCAGAACAUAUUUUUCCAUUCCAUUGCAAUUUUCCAUUGUUUUUUUGAAACAAGUGCUUGAUAGACAUGAAUGACUGUUUAAGUCAACACAGGCUCAUUCUCAAAACGUAGCCCUAUAUACAUUUCUGGAGAUUGCGAAUUAUGUAGCCAGUACGUAUGGUGUAUGUUUCAUUUAAAAUGGAUGGUAGGGGGGCGGUAUGAUGCCAUUCCUUUUUCGCUUACUAACUGACCGCUUACCUCCGUGUGGACGGCUUUCCCGCUGUGACCAGUUUGUCCAGUAGCUCGACAUGUACGUUGGCUGACUUGAGGUCAGCCAAAGGAAGGGCUCGAGUCCGACAAAGGACGGUUCCAAAAAGUGGGUAAGACAAAAACAGAAGCCAAAAAAAUAAAUAAACAAGUAGAUAACAGGGUGAGAAUGUGGUAAAAUCUGAAAACAUGGUAAAAAUCAGGAGAGGGCUUUUCUUUUUCUGGAUUGCUUUUUAAGUGUUGGGUUUAGGGAAGUGGGUGGAUGCUUGUCAAACCCUGCUUUUGAAAAUACUAUUGGUUGGGUUUAGGGAAAGAGGAGGGUGGGUCAGUCAAUCAGUCAGUCAUUUAGUCAGUCAGUCCGUCAGUCGACAGCGGCCUCUGGUGGAUUUACUUGAGAACAGCAGGUGCAAAUGGCACUCGAGAGAGAAAUUUGAGAUCUCAAAAAGUGUACACAGCGGCCUCUGGUGGAUUCGUGAAAACAAAAACUGCAAACAAACUUAACUCCUGGGAUGUAUUUGGCGCUCUCCAGAAAUGUAUAUGGGGUACGUUUUCAGAAUGAGCCUGGGUUGGUUCAAGUCUUUGUGAAAUCAAAAUUUGCAAUGUUUAUUUUGCUAGCACACUUUGUUAAUCCUCUGGUGAACAAUCACUCUGUGAAUGUUAAUCCAUUGAAAAAAAGCUGUUUGUUUUAGUAAUCUUCAAUCAAAUUCUGACCAUUUGCUUCCACGUUUGAUGUUUGAUGGAUUCAGCCACAAUAAUCUUAACCACUACCCUCUUACCGUUAGUUUGCUGAGGGAAUGAUGCACAAAAUGAUCCUACUUAAGAUUCCAUUUCAGUUGGAAGUAGAUCAAUAUACUGAAAUAAAAGACUCAGUGAGUUCUGAUAGCAUCUUGCACAUGAGCACCACAUUUUUAAGAAACUGUCAAGUUGAAAAAUAAAUACAUUUUUACAUGCAGCGCCACUCUUUAAUGCCAGUUUCAAAGCAGUAGACCAAACAGAAGAAGAUGGAGGCGGGGCAAGCGAUGCAAGCUUCUGUUUACAAUAGCAAUCUGUUAUUUUAAUUACAAUUCGUAAUUUUAAAGGCUGUUUUUUUUUUCAGUCAUAAAUCCCCACUUCGGAAACACUUAAAAACAUCAAACUUCCUCUCGGUAAAAAAACAUUUGAUUCUUGUCAUGCUACUGUAUGUCAUAAAGCCUGUAAUAAGGGUCAGUUAAAAAAAAGAAUAAACUUGUUAGGACAGAACAAUAUUUGACUGAGAUACAAUUCUGAAAUACUCUCAAAUCUCAAAAUAAUCAAAAUAUAGUUAAUAAAUAUAUUAUCAAAGCAUAUUACUUAGUUACUUACUAACUCCCAGGUCCGUUUAUAUUAAAGUUGACCAUAUUUAGUUGACCAAACACCAUAUUGGUGUUUUUUUUAAAUCAAAUUCUUAGGAGGUGGGUCGUUAACCCAAUGCUCAACCCCCAACUUGGAGGACAUACACUACGGACAAUUUAGCUCACCCAAUUCACCUAUAGCGCAUGUCUUUGGACUAGUGGGGGAAACCAGAGCACCCGGAGGAAACAUGCCACAUGCCAACGUCGGGAGAACAUGCAAACUCCACACAGAAAUGCCAACUGACCUGGCUGGGACUCGAACCAGUGACCUUCUUGCUGUGAGGUGACAGUGCUACCCACUGCACUACUAUGCCACCCUAGCAAUGCAUAUUACUAAUCUAAAAUUAAGAUUUGAUCUAUUUAUCUUCAAUUAAUAAUUUUGACUGAAACAAUGUAUUGUUGGCUAUUCUUACAAAUAUACUUGUGCAACAUAAGUUUUGUGGUCUCAUAUGUAUAAAAUAAAUAAAUUAGUUAAUUAAUUGAACAAGAUUUCAUUCAGUGCUCAGUCUUUUGGGGCUGAAAAUGGAUGCAAAUAAUGCAUAUUUCGUUAAAUAAAGUCUCAUUUCAUAUUUAAACAACAUUUUUACAAAUUGUCACUUGGUAAAAACAAAAUCUUGCUGUUUUAAAUAUUUGAGUUGAAUCAAAUGCACUUUUUUAGUCAUCUCAACUUCCAUCAAUUAAAUGGAGUUAACUUGUUAAUAAAGGUUCGGCGGCGGAACCACGCCUCACUGUGUCUCCUUAACCAACCACCUACACUGUAAAAAGUGAUUAGUUACUUAAAGCCAGUAAAUUGCCUUAAAAGCAACAAGUUGACUUUACAAAAAUAAUGUAAGUUAACCCAUUGUAACUUGGAAUUGUUAAGUUGGCUUAAUUUUUAUAACUAUGCAAAUUGUGCUCACUUUCUUUAAAUACACCUUUAAUAUACAUAAGUAUUUCCCCAGAUUUUCUGUAUCUACACUCAGAAAUAAAGGUACGAGAGCUGUCACUGGGGUGGUAUUUCAAUAGGUACACAUUUGUACCAUAUUGGUAUGCUUAGUAGUAUAUAUUAAUACCUACAAAUUUUACAAGAGGAACACUUUUGUACUUUUUAGGUACUAAUAUAUAACCUUAAGGGAUUAAUAUAGACCUUUUAGGUACAAAUUUGUAUCUUUUAAAAAGGUACCACCUCAGUGACAGCUCUCGUACCUUUAUUAUUGAAGUUUUUCCCUCUCCACUGUCGCCACUGGCUUGCAUGGUUCGGGAUCUGUAGAGCUGCGCUCUCGGUGGAUUUGCUCUUCAGUGUUUGGACUCUCAGUUGUGAUUACUAAACCACACUGAACUGAGCUAAACUGAACUAAACUUAAACUUUGAAAAGUGAACUACUACAGAUUUUUUUAGACUUAAUGAAGCACCAAAUAUGUAAUAUUGUGACAAUUACAGUAAUUAUUUGAAAACAGACUGAAAUAGUCUGACACUGUAAAAAGGGAUUAGUUGACUUUAAAAAAGUGAGUACAAUUUGCAUAAUUAUACAAAUUAAGCCAACUUAAUAGUUUACAAUGGGUUUGCUUACAUUAUUUUUGUAAUGUCAACUUGUUGCUUUUAAGGCAAUUGGUUUACUCGCUUUAAGUAACUAAUCAGUUUUUACAGUGUACUUCCUAAAACUUAUUUAAGGCAGACCAGCCCUCUAGCACUGUUCUUCUAGUUCUUUCAAACCCACCCACCCUUCCCUCGCUUCCCAUUCACAAUCCUGUAACCCUCUCUUCACUCCUUGGUUGAAUUGGGCGUGGGGGGUUGGGGAUGGGGUCCAAUCACUCUAUUUAAAUAUUACAGAGACAGUAUCCCCACUCUGAGUCUCUGAGCAUCAUAGUGGGACACCCGAUCAACCUAUUUACCUGUUCACUGUUUAUCCUCUUACUUCCCUUCCCUUUCAUCCCACUGUUCUCUUACCGUCCCCUUCAUCCCUACGAUAAAGUCUAUCUCAAAGUAUGGCAUGGUCCAUGCCGGUGAAACUCACUAAAAUAUUAGUCCAUCACCAAUGUAAUACCUCAUAAGUUAAACUCUUCACAAUUUUAAAAGAAUUAUUAACCUACAAAUAAGUUGAAGCAACACAUAAAAACAUUUGCAUUUUUUACAGCAUCAUCAACACUGUUUACAAGUUUUAACAUAUUCAACUAGAGAAUUAUAGUGAUGAAGAUUAGUUACAUUUCUUUUUUCUUCUAUUCAUCAUCAGUGUCUUGUCUUAACUCUUGCUAGACGUGGGCUUAUGUUAAUUUAUUGGUUACGGCAGUAGUUUUAUUGGCUUCUCUCAUUCUAUAUGCAUCCAAUUCAACUGUUUAUCUUUUUUUUUUUAAUCGACAAUGGAUCUGUUUUUUUAUUCCUUGUCGUUGAGCGAGUCCUGACACUUGAACAUGCUAUGGUUGAAAAUGUAUCUGAUUCAUAUACACAAUAAACCUAUUGUACUACCUUACCUCAAGUACAAAAGGCAAUCAGAUGUAAGUCGUUUGAUAUUCUUGAUGAAUAAAAAAAAAACGUUUGUGUACCUCAAAAUAUUAUGAAUAAUAAAUAGUAUACUCCAAA